GUCAGCAUCUGAAGCAGGAAGUCCUCACCUGUGUCUGCUUGGUGUCUUCCAGACAGAAUGUACUUCCUUUGGCAAAGGUGCCCACCUUGCUUCCAUUCUCUCAGAACGGGAAAUGAACUCCAUAUCUUCUUCUAUGCUCACUGGCUAUGAGGAGAAUUUUAGAAUCUGGAUUGGACUGUACAAAAUCCGGGGUGGGAAGCUACGACUGAGAUGGUUAGAUGCAUCCGUGGUGAGUUACACUCCUUGGGCACGAAACCAACCUUCCAACUGCAAAAGGAAUCAAAAGUGUGUUGAACUAUAUGCCAACGACUAUAAAGCAUGGAAUGACCAGUUUUGUAAUAUCGAACAGCCAUAUCUGUGCAAGAUGCCAAUGUACUAAAUGUAGCUGGAAGCACCUUGGAAGGUUGUAAGCCAGAAUCUCCCUGGCUACUUCAACUUCAGCCUACUGACCCACAGAACAAGCCUGUGCAUCAGGCUUUCUUUUCCAUUUGGUGUCACUAAUCAAUAAACUCUAAUCCAAGUGCAGAUGAGGCUCUAAAUUUUUCUCUUCUGUGUUUUCAUUCAUUGACAGGACUCCCGGUGCUCAUUGCCAAAUCCAAAAUGAACCAAUCCAGGCAGCACCAAUGAUGUUCCCUAGUUGGGUGGAUAUGGGAGAUAUAUGACACUCCGAUA